AUGCCAAGCCGCCGGCGCCACCCUCAAAUUCGGACGCCGAGCCGUUCACUGCCGUCUUCAAAUAAGGACACCGCCGCCGCUGGGAUGCGAACUCCAGACACCGAACAGGCCCAGACGCCGAGCCACCCGCUCCUCAGAUUCAGACACCGGACUCGCAGGUCGCCGCUAACCUCGAUCUCCACCGCAGACAACCACUCGGCGACUCGAUUCUCAGACCCCUUCAAUCGCUUCCUCGGUUUCUGUGCUCAAAUCGAUAACACAGACCUGGAAAAUCAGGCACGAAGCACCUCGGCGAUUGCGAGAAAAAAUUAA